GCUACUGCUUCACCAUUCGAGUGCCACCAGUUUCGAUCAACGUUCAGCGGAAGAAGCAAACGAAUCAUAAAAAUGAAAGCCAUCAUUGCACUGUGCCUCAUUGCUUGUGUGUCGGCCCAGUACGACUACAACAGCUACUACCAGGUGGGCAUCCCGCAAGACUACAACCAGCAGUACAACCAGCAGUACAACCAGCAGUACAACCCGCAGUACAACAAUGGCCAGUACAACAACAACCAAGCCCCGACCAAGGCCAUCCCGGAUUCGCGCUGCCCCCGUACGGACGAUCCGAUGCGCCCGGUCCAUCUGCCGUACGCCGGCCACUGCGACAAGUUCCUGAAGUGUACCGGCGGUCUGGGCUUCGUCAUGGACUGCCCGGCCGGUCUGGAGUUCAGCGCACGCAUGAACCGUUGCGACUAUCCGGCUGUGGCUCAGUGCCGUGUCUAGAUGUGUUCGCCCACCCCGUGCACAGCGAUCGAGCGAGAACGACAAAACGACUGUAAAACAAACAGAAAAGCACAAACGAGUAAUGAGUUAUGGCAACAUCGCAAGACUAGCCGGUGGUAUUAGCUUACUUGUAAUCAAUAAAACACCUUCGUAAUGCCAAUUGAA